AUGACGGAUCGCACCAUUACUCUGAAAUGUGAGGCGUUUUCACACCCGUGUGAAGGCAGCGCGCCUCAUUUUAGGCUGCACCGCCGCGCCCCGCCCACGCCCCGCCCGCUCAUACCCUGCGCCCCACACCGCCGCGCCCCGCCCGCUCAUACCCUGCGCCCCACACCGCCGCGCCCCGCCCGCUCAUACCCUGCGCCCCACACCGCCGCGCCCCGCCCGCUCAUACUCUGCGCCCCACACCGCCGUGCCCAGCCCACGCCCCGCCCGCUCAUACCCUGCGCCCCACACCGCCGCGCCCUGAUCGCGCCCCACCCGCUCAUACCCUGCGCCCCACACCGCCGCGCCCCACCCGCUCAUACCCUGCGCCCCACACCGCCGCGCCCUGCCCAGCACGCGCCCCGCCCGCUCAUACCCUGCGCCCCACACCGCCGCGCCCUGCCCGCGCCCCACCCGCUCAUACCCUGCGCCCCACACCGCCGCGCCCUGCCCAGCACGCGCCCCACCCGCUCAUACCCUGCGCCCCACACCGCCGCGCCCCACCCGCUCAUACCCUGCGCCCCACACCGCCGCGCCCUGCCCAGCACGCGCCCCGCCCGCUCAUACCCUGCGCCCCACACCGCCGCGCCCUGCCCGCGCCCCACCCGCUCAUACCCUGCGCCCCACACCGCCGCGCCCUGCCCAGCACGCGCCCCACCCGCUCAUACCCUGCGCCCCACACCGCCGCGCCCCACCCGCUCAUACCCUGCGCCCCACACCGCCGCGCCCUGCCCAGCACGCGCCCCGCCCGCUCAUACCCUGCGCCCCACACCGCCGCGCCCUGCCCAGCACGCGCCCCACCCGCUCAUACCCUGCGCCCCACACCGCCGCGCCCCACCCGCUCAUACCCUGCGCCCCACACCGCCGCGCCCUGCCCAGCACGCGCCCCGCCCGCUCAUACCCUGCGCCCCACACCGCCGCGCCCUGCCCAGCACGCGCCCCGCCCGCUCAUACCCUGCGCCCCACACCGCCGCGCCCUGCCCGCGCCCCACCCGCUCAUACCCUGCGCCCCACACCGCCGCGCCCUGCCCAGCACGCGCCCCGCCCGCUCAUACCCUGCGCCCCACACCGCCGCGCCCUGCCCGCGCCCCACCCGCUCAUACCCUGCGCCCCACACCGCCGCGCCCUGCCCAGCACGCGCCCCACCCGCUCAUACCCUGCGCCCCACACCGCCGCGCCCCACCCGCUCAUACCCUGCGCCCCACACCGCCGCGCCCUGCCCAGCACGCGCCCCGCCCGCUCAUACCCUGCGCCCCACACCGCCGCGCCCUGCCCGCGCCCCACCCGCUCAUACCCUGCGCCCCACACCGCCGCGCCCUGCCCAGCACGCGCCCCACCCGCUCAUACCCUGCGCCCCUCACAGCCGUGCCCAACCCGCGCCCCGCCCGCUCAUACCCUGCGCCCCACACCGCCGUGCCCAGCCCACGCCCCGCCCGCUCAUACCCUGCGCCCCACACCGCCGCGCCCCGCCCGCUCAUACCCUGCGCCCCACACCGCCGCGCCCUGCCCAGCACGCGCCCCGCCCGCUCGUACUCUGCGCCCCACACCGCCGCGCCCUGCCCGCGCCCCACCCACUCAUACCCUGCGCCCCACACCGCCGCGCCCCGCCCGCUCAUACCCUGCGCCCCACACCGCCGCGCCCCGCCCGCUCAUACCCUGCGCCCCACACCGCCGCGCCCCGCCCGCUCAUACCCUGCGCCCCACACCGCCGCGCCCCGCCCGCUCAUACUCUGCGCCCCACACCGCCGUGCCCAGCCCACGCCCCGCCCGCUCAUACCCUGCGCCCCACACCGCCGCGCCCUGCUCGCGCCCCACCCGCUCAUACCCUGCGCCCCACACCGCCGCGCCCCACCCGCUCAUACCCUGCGCCCCACACCGCCGCGCCCUGCCCAGCACGCGCCCCGCCCGCUCAUACCCUGCGCCCCACACCGCCGCGCCCCGCCCGCUCAUACCCUGCGCCCCACACCGCCGCGCCCUGCCCAGCACGCGCCCCGCCCGCUCGUACUCUGCGCCCCACACCGCCGCGCCCAGCCCACGCCCCGCUCGCUCAUACCCUGCGCCCCACACCGCCGCGCCCUGCCCGCGCCCCACCCACUCAUACCCUGCGCCCCACACCGCCGCGCCCUGCCCGCGCCCCGCCCGCGCCGUGCCCGCUCAUACCCUGCGCCCCACAUUGCCGCUCCCCGCCCGCUCAUACCCUGCGCUUUACACCGCCGCGCCCAACCUGCGCCACGCCCGCUCAUACCCUGCGCCACACACCGCCGCGCCCAGCCAGCGCCCCACGCCGUCGCGCCCGCCCGCCCGCCAUCCGUCAUCUCCAACACACACUCUAAUCAGGGGGGCCAGUGA